UCCUCCCCCCUCUCUCUCCGUGGUGCCACUGGGACUAGGGCGGGGCAGAGGCCGGAGCAUCGGACACGGGCCGGGGGAGUUCGAGCUUCGCAGGAAGGUUUGCUUGCUUGGCAGCAAUUGAGUGUACGGGGCUCCUUGUCAUGGCAACCAUUGUCCCGGAAAAACUUACCCGCCUUUUCAUUAACGUGCAGCAGCUUUGGCAGGUCCCCAGGCUGCUGGAAAUGGCGUUCCCCUCGCCUCCCUGCACCGUGGGCACCUCGGAUGUGCCUAAGGUCUUCUGGAAACCCUACAUUCACACCGGCUACAGACCCCUCAACCAGACCUGGAAGUAUUACUUCUUGACGCUUUUCCAGCAGCACAACGAAGCUGUCAACGUCUGGACUCACCUCGUGGCUGCGCUGAUCCUGCUGCUGAGGUUCUGGCGGCUUUCCCAGACGGUGGAUUUUGUGAGCGAUCCUCAUGCCCAUCCCCUGUUCAUCAUUGUCAUUGCUUCUAUCACCUACCUAACCUUCAGCACCUUGGCUCACCUCCUCCAGGCCAAAUCGGAGUUCUGGCAUUACAGCUUCUUUUUCAUGGACUAUGUGGGAGUAGCCAUUUACCAGUACAGCAGUGCCUUGGUGCAUUACUACUAUGCCAUCGAGCCAGAUUGGCAUGCAAGGAUCAUGGGGUUUUACAUGCCGGGGGCUGUUUUGCUAGCGUGGUUAUCCUGUGCAGGUUCCUGUUAUGCUAAAUAUAGAUACCACCAGCUUCCUCGCCAUCUGAGCAGGCUGUGUCAGGAAAUGCCCUUGGGCCUGGCGUACGCUCUAGAUAUUAGCCCAGUAAUUCACCGGCUCUAUACAGCUCAGACCUCCGAGCAGGCGGAUCCAGCCCUUUUAUACCACAAAUGCCAGGUGCUGUUUUUCCUCAUCGGUGCUUUUUUCUUCUCGUACCCUUAUCCAGAGAAAUGGUUUCCUGGGAAAUGUCACCUCUUUGGGCAAGGGCAUCAGAUCUUCCACGUGUUUCUGGUGCUGUGCACCCUGGCCCAGGUGCAGGCGGUGGCUCUGGACUAUGAGUCGAGGAGAGAGAUUUACACCAGUCUGCACGGUGACCAGACUCACAAUUUCUCUGCCCUGUGCUUCUUCACCGUAGCCUGCUGCCUCCUCACUGCCGCUUACAUGACCAGCAAAGUGAAGUGCAAACUGAACUGCAAAGGAGAAUGAAAGCUGUGGAGGGGAUGCUCCUGAUCUCUCCCAUCUGGCUGUGGACUGCAGUGUAAAGAGUGAUGGAAUGCUUGGAAAUGUGCUACUGUUAAGUGAUCUGCAAAGGGAAAAUACUGGGAGUUUGUGCUCUUUUGGGUUUUUUUAUGAUGUAUAAAGAAGACCUGGAAAGGUGUAUGUGUGUAUAAGGGUUAAAACAUUUUCUUUUUCUGCUUAUUUUCUGCCUUAGAACUUCAGGUCCUGUCUUUAAAAGGCCUCAAUGAAGAGCUGGGAGCAACGCUCUCUUUGCUAAAUAUGCAUCCGGCUGCCCUGACACACGGGCAUCUACGGGCUGAGAUGACUUGCACAGCUGAGAUCCUCAGUGAGUCUUCUAGCAAAACCAGGAGUGGCCAGCUCUGACAUUCCUGAUAUUUCUCGGGCAGAAGUUAAGACAGAAAAAACAAGUCCAGCUUGUCUUUACAUGUCGCAGAGAAGCAAACAAGGGGACAAGACAAACAUUUUUUUUUCUGUUCAGGUCACUUUAUAUAGCACAGUAACUUUACAUGGCACUUUACACUCAGCGAAAGCCAUGUGGCCUGCCCUUAUCUAAAUAAGACAAGAUACACUGAAGACAAGGCCCUGUCAGCAGAGGGGAGGAGGUUAUCAGUAACGAUGAAGAGGAGAAGGCAGGAAGGAUAGCUGGAAGAAAUGGGUUUCUAAGUGGGAUCUGAAGGAGGAAAGAGGCCUCUGAGAAGAAGGAAGCUUUGUCUAUACUGGCCCUGUACCCCUAAAAAUUCCUUCUGUUGCUACCACUGGUGCAGUUCCAUUGCAGGUAGCAAUAACGUGAGUGCUACUGUAAAUGAAACGCUGGUGUUUUAACCACUGUGUCUUGCAGACCUGAUUUGGGUGAUAGGAGCACUGGCGGCCAGUCUAUACUACAGCUGCCACCACUGUCGUUACACCAGCAUUGGCAACAGUGGUAAAGAGAGACACUCCUGUAAACAUAGCCAGAGUGUGUCCCAGGCACAGGGGGCGCGUGAAUGCAGAGGUGAAUUUGCGGGUGAGAAAAGGAGCAGAAGGAAGGGGACAUGCGAGCAGUGAGAGAUAGGUGGGGGGCGAGAUUGGUGAGUACAAGGAGCCUAGAUUCGAUGUGUCAAGAGGUGGGAAAGAUUCAAGAUGAGGGGGGCUGAGCUGAAGCAGCUGGAGUGUGGUGGAGGGCAGGAAGAUGACUUUAGCAGCAGUUUUUGGGACAGACUAGUGAGGCGAAGAUGAUUGUGUUCAAAGGCAGGGGGAUUCAGCUGGGGGUGCAGGAGAAUGAAAAAGGGCUGAUGUUAGUGACGAAGCAGUGAUUGAGAUUUAGCAAGAAUUUGGCUAUGGAGGAGAAAGAAAGCCGAGGUAAAAAUGAUCCAAGAUUCUGGCCUGGGAGGGGGAAGGGCAGCUGGGGAGGUGGGGUGAACAGAAAAGUUUAAAACAACUGAUUUGAAUCUAGACUUAAAUUUUGCUUCUAAAAUUGGUUCCAGUUCCUGCCAGGACCUGAGCUCAUUCCACCCUCCUCCCUCCGGUUUCUCUUUCCUCUGCUGCCCUCACUGAUCUAGACUAAGGCCUUGUCCACAGUGAUGAAAUCGACCAAGUCCUGAAAUUGCUUUCUCACUCUGUCCAGUCUGCAAGGGUUUCAGGAACCUGGUUACUUCGGCUGCUCCUGAAGAUGGUUUUCAAUAACCAUGGUAAAAAAUAAAUGUUCUGACCUGUCUAAGCUGGGCAGCAGCAUUCAGCAAAGCAGGUUCACCUGAAACCAUUUUUAAGAGCUGUCACUGAAAAGUGGUGUCAGAACGCUGUCAUUUCCAGGGGCUGGUGCCUACUGCAACUUAAAGAAUCCAGCUGCCUGAUCUGGUUUGCGUAGUUAGGGCUGCAGGAGGAAUCACAGACCUCUCAGGGCCUAAUUCAAGUUCUGGCAAGUAGACAGUAUUUUAAAUAGCUUUAAAAUGCAUUGGCCAUAUGCAUAGUUCUUAAAGCUACACAGAUUUCAUCGGCAAGCUCUAAUGGCUAAUGAGACAGCUUUGUAAAAAAGCAUAGCUGUGCUCACCGGACCAACUGACUUUAAGAUGCACAAGCCACAUAUUUAAAGUGUUUUGAUCAGUGCAUUUCUGUUCUGCCACUUUUUCCUAAGCAAGGAGACAGGAGCUGAUCCUGGGAGGUGCUGAGCCCUUGCAGCUCCCAAUGGACUUUUCUGGCUCAGAUGCCAAACUCUUAUGGCGGUUUAAUGUGUGUAAAGUGCUUUGAAGAUGAAAGACACUGUGUAAAUGUUAAAAAUGAUUAGAGAAUCAUAUAAUUAACAGGCGUCAGUGCCUCUCCCCUCUCCUUUCAAGUGGGAGAGGAGUGGCUUCACCAGCUCUGUGUCCCCCACAACCCACUUGAAGGGUUCCUCUCUGUUCCUAAAAUCCUGAAGUGAGGGAGUUUCACACCAGCAUGAACAAUACAGAGUUUGAGCGAGCCAGUUGACUUCAGUUCUGCUUAAAGCUUGUCCUCUUGGUAGGUGGUGUUUUCUGAAUGUAAAUAUUUUAUUCCUCUAUUGAUACACAAAAAGCCUUAGGAUGUAGUUUGAAUUUUAGUUUAUCUUUACUUUAUUGGGGAAUCCAGGAUUUCGCUGCCCCUAAGAUUUUAGAAUGGCAACAAACUAACACCCAUGUGCCUUCCAAACAUGGGGAAGGAUCCGGAUCUGAACUUCUCCAAUGUUUGGGUGUGUUUGGAUCUAGGAUUUUGAUUCAACUUGUGACAGGAAUAGGGACCAGUCUCAAAGUCUGGAUGCGCUUUGGUUUGGACCAAUCUCUAGUUUGUUUAAACUAUUAAAAUAUUUAAUGUGUCAUAUGAAUAGACUAGAUCAGGCAAUGUGGAUUAUCAGCCCAAGCUGUGUUGAUGUCCCCAGACUGGGGCUACCUGGUCUGGGGGGAAAGGUAGGCCCUAGCACCAAUGGUUAGCAAAGAUUUGUGCUUCACCAGAGAUCACUCCUUGACAGAUUUAAAAGCUUUGCUUCCUUGACAAUUAUUUCACUAAUUUGCAAACACUUGGGCUACUUUUCACCUUGGAAAGACUCAGGGAAGGGAAUGCCUAGAGGUAGACAAUAGCUUGGUGGGCUUUGAAAGAAGCCCUGGGGGUCUGAUCCUGCUGCCACACCUCUGAGCUGGAUCUUCGUUUAGUUGCACAUGUGCUUGCUGGCAGCAGAGUUUGUGUUGCUGAACGCCUCCUCGUAGGAGUUAAUUGGUCGGCCACAGAGGAGAUGUUAGCGCAACAAGCAGAACAAGAUCUGACAAGUGUGAGCAAUGUCUCUAAUGCUCCUAGCUUCCACCGUAAGACCUGCUGCAGCACCACGGGCAGGCCGGUGCCUCCUCUGAUGGGGACUAGAUCUUCUCACUUGCAGCAGGUUUGCUGCUUGCCGCAGACGGGGCAGCACAUGGGAUUGGUUGCUUUGUGUUGAAGGGCCAAGCAGUCCCAGGAGGAGCAGGACUGAAUGCAGCACAGCAAAGCUUGUGCAGUUUAUCUUCAGGCCUGUUGCAACUGGAAAUAGGCCCAUGAAAAUUAGGAGCCAGAUUUCAAACAGCCCCCUAGUUUGGGUAUAUUCGGGCUAGGUAUAAAGGUGGGGGAACAUGUAAAAUUCAAGCCCAGAUGUGCAUGCAGGUUUCAAACAACCCCUAUUUGUUGAGGGUAUUCGGAUCUGAGCUUUGGUGUGUGACGUUCCCAGGUCAUGAUGUUCAUUUAAACACUUCCAUGGAUACUAAGCUUCUCCUUGUCCUUUGAGGCAAUGAUGCCUCGCCUGUCCUGACCAAUCUGCAGCCUCCGUGUAUGAUCAGGCUCUUCUGCUGCCAAAGCGCUCUGUGGAUUCAGCCCCCCUUGCUCCAACUGGUAUGUCUCAAAGCAGAUGUUACUGGCGCGUCAUUGUUUAUACUGCAGGCCAUUCCUUCCUGCUGCUCUUACGCACGCAUUCCAUCCUUGGCCCAAGGAACUGCAUGUUAACUUUGGGGUUUGUUUAAUCCCCGAAGGAGGCAAGAGUAAAAAUAACAGUGACGAGUUACACUACUGAGGAUCAGUUGCCUUGCUAGCACCACUUGCCUCUGCUGUCUUAGGUGUCUAUCUGUAAAGCCCUGUGUGGUACCUAACGGCCUGAGCCAGUGCCAUUCUGCACACCCGCAACUCCCAUUGACUGGGUCAAGUUCAGCCUGUCGCUGAGCUGGGUCAUGGUGCUGCUGUUAACAGCCCCUAGGUCUGGACCCCGGCUGGAGGGGAGGUGCUGGGCUCAAAACAUUUUCAGUGAAGAGUCCUUGACUUUGGAGCCCUCCCCUGCCCGAUCAGUUCAGCUGCUCCUGAGUUUACCCUCCCGAGUGCAGGGCAAGGUCCAGCCCUUAGCUCAGGUUUUUGGGAUAACAGAGGUUGGUAACUAUGGGGUUAGGCUUCAGGAUUGCUAGGGAGGCUGGCUGAGCAGCUGUUGUAAAUAUGGCGUGCGGCCUGUUGAUGCACAAUGAUCUUGACGACUUGGACUUUAGUGGGGUAAAUGCCUCCACAGACUUAGGGCAAUGGGGUAUGUGUUGCUUUAUAACGAUGCCUGUAGCCCACUCCUCCCAGGGGCAUAGCUUGGUGGUUCCCACUAGUGGGUGCCAGUAAUACUAGUACUGCAAACGUUACCAUUGGCUAAUCGGCUGCUCUUUGCCUCGUGGCCAACUGCUUCACUGUCUUCAGGAUGAACGUUGGGCUCAGCCUCUGUGCCUGGUCCCAGUGCCUUCCCACCGCCCACCCUCCACUUUAUUGUUGGCUGUAUCUGGCCAGGGGUCAUUCGCUGGUAUCACACCAGCUCUAGAGCACGGUGGGGACUGGGUGGCCUAUUAAGGAAGGGAAAGCAAUAGAGGUGGUUGGCUGCAGGCCCAAGAGGUGGGGCACGGUCACCAGCUAGUACGAUGGUGGUAGUAGUCUGGCAAAUAGGUUUUGUUACCGGAACAAGUUGGGCAGCUCAUCCAUGUUCUUAAUCACUGCAGCUACAUGGACGUUCUUUUCUGUUAUCACAAGGUCACAGCUGCCAUAGUGUCUGCAGCACUGACCAUAUUACAAACAUGUAAUAUCCGGCAUGCUCAGGAGGUGUGAAAACUGGCAAGCCAUAAUGUUUGGCAAAGGAAUCAGUUGAAAUGACCAAACUCUAUUGUCAAAGAUCCCCUACUUUGCUGUGCCAGCUCCAGAGCAGCAUAAGGGAAUCAGGACAGGCUGGAAUCAAAGCCCCAGUAACGGCACAUAGCAUUUAUGUGGAUAUCCCUCAGGUGGUGUUCGGGCGAUCCUGUGUUAUAUGGGGUG